CGGCCGCCUCGGUGUGAGUCAGUACGCCGGCGACGCUCGAGCCACAUGCGCGUGGAGUAGAGCUCGCUCCAAGCUUACCAACUACCUGUCUACUUAACUGUGAUACUUAAAAACGGAUUUUAUAUUUUCCUAGUUCAUAUUCUAGUAUAUAAAUACAUAAAUAAAUAAUUUCAUAUUCAUUUUCACGAAGCCGCUUAACAAAACGGUAACUAGUGAUCAGUGAACCGGUCGAACUCUGCGCAAAUCCUUCUGUAUAUUAUGCAAUCUGUUUUGAAAACCAAUGCUUACUGUAUUGGGAAUUUCAUGAGUAUCGAAGCGACACGCGAUAUACAUUUUACCAUCUACUUGGGAUAACAUAGUAUAGAGGACGCAUAUACAUUACCAGUUAUAACGAUAGACUGUAGAGACUGUCAGUGUUUUGGUGACGAAAUUAGUACAUCACAUUCUGAUAAUUGUCAAUUUUAAGUGCACAUUAAAUAAUUAAACGAAAAUGGAAUCGAAAGUGAGCCUCAAGCAGAAGAACCCCUACGAAGAAUCCAAUUUUCUCGCAAAAAUAUUUUUGACAUUCAGUUUCAGCCUAUUCCGUCGUGGAUACAAACAAGGCCUUACUGUUAAUGACCUAUGGCGGGCCUUGGACGCAGACCAGUCUGGUCGACUAGGCGACCGGCUCGAGGAAGCGUGGGAGAAAGAACUCGAUACCGCCAAAAGAAAAGGAGUUAAACCUUCCUUAUCACGAGCUAUUGUAAGCUCAUUUUGGGUAGAAUACAUGCUAUGUGGACUUUUGGUUGGAUUAUUAUUUAUCUUUUUAUGGCCUUUAAUCCCCUUUACCUUAGCAUUAUUUAUUAACUACUUUUCUGAAGAUAAAACUCCAGAAGCAUAUAGAAACGCUCAUAUUUACAAUUUCCUGUUGAACUUUUUGAGUAUAGUGACGGCUUUGAUAUUGAACCACGCACAAAUAAGUCAAGGACGUGUGGGAAUGAGAGUCAGAAUUGCUAGCUGCUCAUUGAUAUACAGAAAAAUCUUGAAACUUGACCGCACAGGUUUAAAUAAAACUGAGCCGGGACAGGUCAUCAACCUCAUGUCUAAUGAUGUGAAUCGGUUUGAUCUCGUCGCUCUGUUUUUGAACUACCUUUGGGUGAUGCCUAUCGUGGUGCCGGUGGUCUCAUAUCUGGUGUGGCAACACAUUAGGUGGGCCGUCUUCGCCGCUCUACUCGUAAUCUUCGUGCAAACUGUACUCGUACAAGCAUAUUUAAGUAACCGUCAAGGAGUACUGCGUGGAAAGAUCGCCAAACGUACAGAUGAAAGAGUCAAAGUUAUGAGUGAAUUGGUAAACGGUGUUCAAGUAAUCAAAAUGUACGCUUGGGAAACGCCUUUUGAGAAACUCGUCGAUAGAUUACGCAAAUUGGAGGUCGGCUUCAUUAUGAGUACUUCGAUGAUCAAGGGCUUCUCCACCGCUCUGAGUGUGUUCACGGAGAGAUUCAUCUUGUUCUCCGCUAUCGUCGCAUUUGUCCUCAUUGGUGGUGACAUCAGAGCCGAAAUCGCUUUCUCGAUGGUCCAAUAUUUCAAUCUACUGCAACUCGCGUGCAACAUAUUCUUCCCAAUGGCGCUAGCUUUCUUGGCUGAAACUAAAGUCUCUAUUAGACGACUUGAGGAGUUCUUGCUAUUAGACGAACUGCAGUCUCUUAAGGAUAGCAAAAAGGAAGCAAAUAUAUAUGGAUCUAAGGCAAUCAAUGUGAAUGGCACUGACAAUGAAAAACCAAGGCAUACCGGCGUAGUUUUGACAGGCUUAAGUGCAAGCUGGGACGCUGACGCAAUUGUAAAUACAUUGAGGGAUAUCAAUCUCACCGCAUUCCCAGGAGAAUUCGUUGGAAUAGCUGGAUUAGUCGGAUCUGGCAAGUCGUCUCUACUGCAAGUGAUCCUGGGGGAAUUAUCACCGUCACAGGGAUCCCUAUCCCUGGGUGGUGGCCGUAUCUCUUACGCGAGCCAGGAGCCUUGGCUGUUCGUGGCCUCCGUUCGGCAAAACAUCCUGUUUGGUCUUCCUUACGACCGAGUUCGGUACAAGAAGGUUGUUACCGCAUGCGCUUUGGUGCGCGACUUCGAACAGUUACCGGCUGGUGACUCUACACUUGUUGGUGAGCGCGGUAUCAGUCUCAGUGGCGGACAGCGGGCUCGAAUUGGGCUGGCCAGAGCUUGCUAUAGACAGGCUGACAUCUACCUGCUGGACGACCCGCUGUCAGCGGUCGACACGCACGUCGGCAAGCACUUGGUCACAGAAUGCGUCAACGGCUUGCUCAAGAACUCCACCCGCAUACUUGUCACACAUCAACUGCACCACCUCAAGACAGCUGAUAAAGUCAUCAUCUUACAUAAUGGUGAAAUAGAAACUCAAGGGAGCUUCGACGAUGUGUCAAGGUCACCACUAUUUGCGGAACUUCUUCAAGAAGAAGAACAGCCAGAAGCCCCGAAAGCGACGUUCCUCCGACAAAGGACUUUAUCUAUUCAGUCACAUACAAGUACCACGAGCACUGUAAAAGAUGGAGUUGUACAGGAAGAUCAAGAGGAGCAGUCCGAGAUAACAGGAACAGGUCGAGUACCGGCUUCGGUUUACAGCAAAUACUUCCGCGCUGGCGCCGGCUGGGGCCUACUCCUGUCAACUAUAAUCUCCGUGCUUUUGGCGCAGGUCGUCACAUCUAUCAGCGAUUUGUGGCUUACUCAUUGGAUGAACGAUGUAGAAAAGAAACAUGAAAUUAAUGAAAUGGAAAGCUUAAGACUUAACAGCUUAGCAAAUGGCAAUUUCUCAAAUGAUGGCAAUGAAACUACUACAAUGGCAUCGACUAUUAUAACGAACAUCACGACACCGACUUCCACAAUUGCACCCAACCUCACUGUUAUCGGUACCAUGAUGAAGACCGCGUUUGCCAUGCAAAACAUAACAACGGGUUACGAGGAAUACAACCACGAGUUUUAUAUUUACAUCUGGGGCAUUGCUAUUUUGGGUUGCAUUAUUCUUACAACUGGCAGAUCGAUAUUGUUCCUUUGGGUAUGCAUGCGCAGCUCCAUAAAGUUACACAACCAGAUGUUCAGCAACAUUCUGGCAGCGACCAUGCGUUUCUUUGACACCAACCCCUCGGGACGAAUCCUGAACAGGUUCUCCAAAGACAUGGGUGUCGUCGACGAGAUCUUACCGAGGAUGUAUUUGGACAGCAUACAAAUUUUCAUGGUGAUGUUAGGUAUUCUGGUGAUGGUAGCGAUAGUCAACCCUUACAUGCUACUUACGACAGGGGUGUGCGCUAUCCUUAUGUACAUCUGGACUAUUGUUUUCCUCAGCACUGCUCAAGCAAUCAAAAGGGUGGAAGGUGUGACUCGCAGUCCUGUGUUCUCUCACGUGUCGGCAACCAUGGCCGGCUUGAGCACAGUACGAGCUUGUGGCGCGGAGAAAAUGUUGCGCGAUCAGUUUGACGACAAACAAGACGUACAUACCGCAGCUUGGUACUUAACUCUUCUCACAAACACAGCAUUCUCCAUUUGGUUGAGUCUUAUUUGUGCCAGCUAUGUUGUGAUCGUGGCCUACACUUUCUUACUUUUAGAUGAUGGUACAACAAAAGCUGGUAACGUUGGGCUAGCUAUCAGUCAGGGUUUGAUUCUGGUGAAUAUGGUGCAGUACGGUGUGAAACAAGUUACGGAGGUUAUAUCUCAGAUGACAAGUGUGGAGCGUGUGGUACAGUUUACGUCACUGCCGCGAGAAGACAACUCCGGGCCGCCGCCACCGGCUGGCUGGCCUAAACGAGCGCGUCUUGUUUUCAAGGACCUUACUCUGCGCUAUGACAAAGAUGCUGAUCCCGUCCUCAAAAAACUCAACAUUGUCAUCGAAAGCGGAUGGAAAGUUGGAGUAGUCGGUCGCACUGGAGCUGGUAAAUCUUCAUUGAUAUCGGCUUUAUUCCGACUGGCACCCAUUGAGGGUAACGUCUUCAUCGAUGACGUCGAUUCAAAGGACAUUGCGCUCAAGGAGCUGAGGGCUAAAAUCUCUAUCAUUCCCCAAGAACCAGUGCUGUUUUCAGCCAGUUUGCGAUAUAACAUGGAUCCAUUUGACAAAUACACUGAUGCUGAAAUUUGGCAAGCAUUGGAACAGGUGGAGUUGAAACGCAGCGUCACGUCUUUGUCGUCGGCGGUACAAUCUGGAGGAUCGAACUUUAGUGCGGGCCAGCGGCAAUUGCUGUGCUUGGCACGAGCUGCUCUCGGCCGUAACAAGUUGCUGGUUCUCGACGAAGCUACAGCUAACGUUGACCCGAACACGGAUGCUUUAAUUCAAAAAUCAAUUCGCACACAUUUCGCGGAUUGCACUGUGUUAACGGUGGCCCAUCGUUUGCACACUGUUGCCGACUCGGACCGCGUUGUUGUGAUGGAGGCGGGUGAAAUAGUGGAGGCUGGGCACCCACACGAGCUACUGCAACAGCCUGAUGGGCACUUCACGCGCAUGGUGCAGCAGCUGGGACCAGCAGCUGAGCAGAGUUUGCGCGACCUCGCGGAAUCCGCGCACGCACAACACAUAAAAUACGUUGACGCUGAUGAAAACAACCAGUCCUAAAACUUUUUACAGAGACUACUUAAUUCAUGUGCGGUCUAAACUUAACGGCCUGUGAAAUACGCUAAGGCACAUUGUGCAGAACACUGACAUCUUCUAUAAUACACUGGACUGGUGUUCGCGGUUCGCCUCCAAUUUCUAGAGCCUGAUAGCAGUCAAUGAGCAGUAGUGAGCGUCCUCAUAAAUAACUGUAAUAAUUAUUCUAAAGGAUAGCUCUUACUUUCAAGGUUAGCCAGUCCAGAGUACCUGCCUAUUAUAAUAGGGGUCAGUGGUUAACCUCGCCUCUUACUUUUUUUGUAAAUAUAUUUACUUACCUUGUUAACAAAAUUGUUGAUGAAAUUCCGUACUUACUUAUAAGUACUUAUGUAACAUUUUAUGUAAUUUCUCCUUCAUUGUUUGUAGGUGUUUAAGCGUUAAAACUUUGUGAUUAGGUGUGCCUGACAAGGGUGUGGCCUAUAAAAAAUACGUACCAAAAAUAA